AGUCGUCUUUUUUACGUUUUUCCUCCGUUUUUACGCUCUGAUGGCACGUCUCAUUUUUUAAGCCAGGGAAACGCCGUCCGAGUGAGACGUCUUCGCGGUGUACAACACUUGUGGAAUCUUUGUCUUCCAGCGAUGCUGCUGCAGCUGCUGCUGUGUUUUUUUCUGACAUCUGGCCUGGUCACUGGUUACCGCAGUCCCCUGAAUGACUUCCAGCGCUCGGAGGGCCGAGAGCUGGUCCCCACUUCCUGGAACUCGGCCCACGUUCUCAUGUUGUUGGUCCUCAACGUGGAGGAGUGCGCCGCUCACUGCUCGCUCUCGCUGGACUGCAGAGCGUUCAACUACGAAACGCGGCCGACGGCCACGUGCAAACACCUGCGCUGGGUGGGCGACGGCAGCAACGCGGAGGUGAAGCGCAACGUCAACUGCGACCUUUACGAGAAAAAGGUCUAUGUCCGCAAGUGCAUCGUGGGUAAAGGAGAGGACUACCGGGGGAAGGUGUUCACCACCCGAAGCGGACUCACCUGCCAGCAGUGGUGGUCCAAGUUCCCUCACGAUCACAGGUGGACUCCCUCGCCCAGCAACGGCUUGGAGUUGAAGUACUGCAGGAAUCCAGACGGGGAUCGCAUCGGGCCGUGGUGCUACACCACCGACCCCGAGCGGCGCUAUGAGCGCUGCAACAUCCCUCAGUGCAAAGAUGAGGUGUGCAUCACAUGUAACGGCGAGGACUACAGAGGGCAGGUGGACCACACCGUGAGUGGCAGGGAGUGCCAACGGUGGGACCAGCAGUACCCUCACCAGCACAUCUACCAGCCUGAAAAGUACCCCGAUAAGAGUUUAGACGACAACUACUGUCGUAACCCCGACGCCUCGCCCGUGCCGUGGUGCUACACCACCGACCCCGACGUGGAGCGAGAGAGCUGCGAGAUCAGCAAGUGCACUGAGGUGCGCGUGGAGAAGCGUCAGCGCUCCAGCUUCACCACCAACUGCUUCCGCGGCCGCGGGGAGGACUACCGCGGCAGAGUCAACGAGACCACGUCGGGCAUCCCCUGCCAGCGCUGGGACGCGCAAUAUCCUCACGAGCAUCCCUUCUACCCCAACACGUACGAAUGCAAGGGCUUGGAGGAGAACUACUGCCGCAACCCGGACGGUUCCGAGGCCCCCUGGUGCUUCACGUCCGUGCCGGAGAUGAGGACGGCGCUCUGCCUGCAGAUCAAGCGCUGUGUGGACGACAUCGACGCAGAGGAUUGCUACCACGAAAACGGGAGAAACUACCGAGGCAUGGUGCGCAAAACUCGCAAGGGCAUAACCUGCCAAAAGUGGAACGUCAACACGCCUCACCGCACCAAAAUAAAUCCCAGGACGCAUCCCGAGGCCAACCUGACCGAGAACUACUGUCGUAACCCAGACGGGGACCAACACGGUCCCUGGUGCUACACCAUCGACCCCAAAACGGAGUUUGACUACUGUGCCAUCAAGCAGUGCGCUGGAGAAAAAGUAUCCCUCACGGAACCAGUGGAGAAGGUUGAGUUCAGCGAGUGUGGGCAAAGGGAGGACCGCUUCCAGAGGAGCAGGUUACGCAUCGUAAACGGCAUACCCGGAAACUCGCCGUGGACGGUUAGCCUCAGAGACAGGAAAGGAAACCAUUUUUGUGGAGGAGCCCUGGUGGAUGCCAGAUGGGUGAUCAGCACCAAGCAGUGUUUCUCCUCCUGCUACGUGGAUCUGCCCGGCUACUCGGCCAUGAUGGGCACCUUGUUCCGCGACCCGCAGGACGGCGAACCCGGCGUGCAGACCAUCCCUCUCACCAAGAUCGUCUGCGGACCCUCCGAGUCUCAACUGGUCAUGCUGCAGCUGGAAUCCCCGGCCCAGUUUAACGACCGCGUCUCUCAGAUCUGUCUGCCUCCCGAACGCUACAUCGUGGCUGAGGGGACCGUUUGCGAGAUAGCAGGAUGGGGCGAGACCAAAGGCAAGUCCGGAGACGAGACCGUCCUCAACGUGGCCCAUAUACCGGUGCUCAGCAAUAAGGACUGCAACAAAUACUUCCGAGGUCGGGUUCGGGAGAACGAGAUGUGCACCGGCUCCUUCCAGGGAGGGGUCGGAGCCUGCGAGAGAGACUACGGCGGCCCGCUGGCGUGUCAGAACCACGGCUGCUGGGUCCUGGAGGGCGUGAUCAUCCCCAUGCGGCGCUGCGGACACCCGGGCCAACCCAACAUCUUCAUCCGCGUCUCGGUCUACGUGGACUGGAUCAAGAAGGUCAUGGGCUUCGCUUAGGGAAGCGUGGAAGGGAAAAACUUAUUAUUUGACGUUAUAAUGUUUUCUCCUUUUUUUAUUGUUAUUACAUUAAAUAAUAAGAUACAGUGGUACCUUGACUUAUGAGUUGGAUUCGUUAUGU